AUGAUCUCCCCCUCAUCCACAUUAUCUCACGGUCACCGUCGCCAAAUAUCAACUCCCGGUUUCGAAGCUACUCGACCCGUGAUGGCUAAUAUGCCACCCCGCCGAACACAUCGUCGUGGCCAGACCGUCGACUAUGGCUCCUUUGGCCCACAAUCCGGUCUCGGUCGACGAAGUGCGACAAACAAGGUCACUCAACUUCGAGACUUUUAUAACGAAAAAGCAGGUUUCUCACAGCAAGCAAUGUCUACUCAGCAAUUGGCACCUUCGCCUCAACAUGAUCAGCGAUUCAUCCCAUCGGGCCACUGUAUGCAACCAGAACAAUACCAGACCGCAUACAUGUGGAACCCGGAAGAGCUGCACGACAUGUACACAGCUGGUAGCGCUGCUACAUUUACGACUUCAAUGGCUCCCGCUCUUGCACGAUCUGCAAGUGACAACCCAAACUCCAAUCCUGCUUCGAAAAACAUAAUGCACCGGAUUCCAGAGGAGCGUCAACAGCAUCCUCAACCCCGUGAGCAGAAGCGUUGGGAGGAGCUAUUUCCUCAGCAAUUGCAGUCAAUGAUGCAUAAAGAUCAAGUUCAUGGCUACGACCGAACUAUGCAUCAGCUCUCUGUUCAACCAGAGACUAUUUCCCCCAAGAUCAACCCUUACCUUUCCUAUACUUCCCCCCUUACUCCCGAUGCCACCCCCAUGAAGGGUUCUUUUGAUUUAUCUAUGUAUACCAAUGACCAGACCCCUACUAAGCCCCAGAGUUUUUCUUUCCCCCGCCCAAAUGUUACUGUUGAAAUGCAAAGAACCCAGUCUCUCCAAGGAGUACCUGGAUCACACCAUGUCCACCUGACUCAAAUGCCAUCGCCUGCAACUUCUGUUGCCGACUUCGCCGAGCUAGCUGCUAUGCCUUCACCGGGCUCUUGUGGUGUGACGCCAUACAAGGCUAGCUCCUCGACAAAAAAGCGCCAACGCUCCGUCUCUUCCGCUUCAUCAAGUGAUGAGUCUGAGGAAGAUAUGCAAGCCGAGCCCGUGAACGAAAUCGACCUUGAUGCCCGAGUGAAAGCAUCCGUGAAAGAAAGUUCAGUUUCCAGUGAUGAAAUCGCCCAAUACAUUUCCGGCCCCGACCCAAAAGACAACAAGUGGGUUUGCACAUUCUCUGGCUGUCACUGUCGCUUCGGUCGCAAAGAGAACAUCAAGUCCCAUGUUCAGACCCACCUCAAUGACCGCCAGUAUGUAUGCGACCGAUGUGGAAAAGACUUCGUCCGUGGACAUGACCUCAAGCGCCACCUGAAGACUCAUUCCGGAAAGAAGCCUUUCGCCUGUGCUUGUGGUGCUAGCUUUGCCCGUCAAGAUGCCCUCACCCGACACCGCCAACGUGAUAUGUGCGUUGGAGGCUUCACUGGAUUUGUCCCGAAGACCACCAAGCGUGGCCGCCCACCGAAGAAGAGCCGUCCCGAUAUUGAGACCCGUCAGAUCAAGUCUACCCGUACCCGUCAACGCGUUGCCGACAUUUCCGUCCCCGUUAUGCCCAUGAAGAUUGAGACCAAUAUGCCCCACGAACAGCCAAUGUUUAACUCCCCCAACUAUGCCCCGUCUACGUCUAUGUCAUCUUUUACCCCGCCUACAUCCCCCGGUGGUGGCGCUGACCACGAGUCGCCGAUCCCGUCAAGUAUCCCCAUGAACCACCAACAGUUCGAGGACGACAUCCUUCCCUUGCCCUUGUCGCCCCCUCAGAUGGCCCACAACCGAUAUGCUCGCGCUAUGGAACAAUUCGAUGCCCACAACUCUGCCUCUUCUCAGGAUUGCUUGUAUAGUGACCCUGCUCUUUCUCCCUACGAUAUGUCAUCACCGCAUACUGCACCAACCUUAGCAGGAUCUACCGUGGGCUCAGAGAUCGAUGUCUUUAUCUCUCAGGACCCCACCGAGCGGCUCGAGCGACUACAAGAAGAGUUCAAGAACAUGGAGGAGUUUGGAUCCAUCGAUCAUCAAUCCUAUUCCAACCUCCCAAGCAGCUAUGCCUACAUGGACCCCACAGAAUUUGGCCUCGCCUCCGGGAUUUACUCCGAUGUUCCCGAUAAGACCAUCUCCAGUUUCAGCGCUCUCGAAAUGGACUCCUAUCGUGACCAAAUCGAUUCGCUUUCCAGCGAGUUCUUGGUCGACCCAUGA